GAGUGCUGAGACAAGGGGAAUUGUUAGCAACUAGGGUGAAAGGGCUCUCUCUGGGAGCACAGAGUCAACACAUCGUUUCAACUCUGUACCACACGCAACCAGAAGCAAAAUGGCGAGCGAAACGAAUCAAUGUUGCACGAUGCAACGCAAUGAGCAGCUGCCAUUUAGGAUCGACAUGCAUACACACAUCAUGCCAGCCGUUUUACCGAAUCUCGAAUCACUUUCGGCUCAGAGUGGGGAUCGAGAAUGGCCACAAUUGAAGCGGAAUCCUAAAGAUAAUCGAAAGGUCGACAUGUACGUAGGCGAUACGUUCUUCCGAACGGUCGAACCCAACUGUUUCGAUCCACAAACUAGGCUCGAGGAAAUGGCGAAAGUCGGUGUCAAUGUCCAAGUCCUGAGCACGGUUCCUGUGCUUUUCUGUUACGAUAAGCCUGUGGAGGCAGCAGUCAAGUUCGCUCAGUUCUUGAACGAUGAUCUGGCUGGCAUCUGCCGGCAGUAUCCGGACAAGUUUCUCGGACUGGGCACAUUACCUGCGCAGGACAUACCAGCCUCCAUCAAGGAACUGCAUCGCUGUAAGCACGAACUUGGACUUGUUGGCAUUGAGAUCGGGACCGAAGUCAAUGGACUGUUCCUCGACAAUCCAGUGUUCGAGCCACUGUGGAAGGCUUGCGAAGAUCUAGACAUGCCGUUGUUUGUUCAUCCUCUCGGAUACUCUCUGCCCAAAGAGAACAAGCAGCGUUGGGCUCGGUACUGGAGUAGCUGGCUCGUCGGGAUGCCAUGCGAGACGGCCUUAUCGCUACACGCUUUGACAUGCGCGGGGACUUUUGUCAAAUAUCCGAAAUUGAGAAUGUGUUUCGCACAUGCUGGAGGUGCCUGGCCUACUCUGAUAGGACGGAUUCAACAUGGAUACGACUGCAGGCCGGAUCUCGUUGCUGUCGAUGCACAAGGAGUGACUCCGACAGAACAUCUUUGCGAAAGAAGCAACAUUUGGGUGGACAGCCUUGUACACGAUCCCGAUUUGCUUGAUUACCUUGUGAAGAAGACUGGAUCUGAUAGGAUUGUGAUGGGCAGUGACUAUCCUUUUCCCCUCGGCGAAGUUCCUGAGGCAGGCAGAAUGUUGGCUUCGGAUCAGAAGCUCGAUCGGUCCCUGAAUCCAAGUCAGAGGACGGCGAUAUUGGCUUUGAACGCGCUGCGCUUCUUGGGGCUUGAUCAGGAUCCAAAGUGGCAGCGUAUUAUUCCCAAAGAGGCGGUCUAGGAACCCUCUGGAGUGCUCCAAAGAUUCUGCUGUGCCCCGGUCAUCAGCAUCCGUACUCUGGUGCCCUCGGAAGGUGCACCUCGGAUGUGGGAAAGCAAGGUUCUUGCAAGCAAGCUUCUUCCGCUAUCACCGUCGGGACCAAAACCAUAUUCCAGAGUGCGACAACGAACCCGGGCUUGCACCAGGAAGUCGUGCUCAUCGUAUGAGGCAUUGCGAUAGCCAGAUCUCCAAGACAGAGGA